CCAAACAAAACCUCUUUAAUCCACACAUACAACAUGGAUACAACAAGAUCGAUAUAUAAGUUACCCAUUCACGAACAUCCUCUUUUACCAUCAACUCAGUUUACUUUUUCAACAUGUGAUGGCUGCCAUGUAAGAGGAUUCAUGUACGGCUACUACUUUUGCAACGAGGCUUCAUGUUAUUCUUGGAACCAUAAAGAGUGCGCAGAAGCCCCACUAGAGAUCAAUUAUCACAUUUCCCACCCGGAGCAUCCUCUCUUGCUCACUAAUCACUCUCCAACAAGAGAUGAUACUCCGUGUGAUUCUUGUGGAAUAAAGCUUUUGUCCCCAUAUUAUACGUGUGCCACAUGUAAAUUCAAAGUGGAUUUAAUUUGUGGGAUUAAACCCUCGCCAUCUGCUAUCGAACACCCGGUGAGUCAUGCCCAUCCACUCGUUCUUUUUAAGAAAAGAGAAGAGGACGAGAUCUCCUGUGAAGUAUGUAAGGAAUCUAUUGGUGGACCUUUCUAUUCAUGUCUUGAAUGCUAUAACAUAUUCUUUCAUGUUGAUUGCGUUUAUCUCUCAAAAGAGGUAAAUCAUCCUUGUCACUUUAAUCAUCCUCUUAAGAUCAUCACACGUGAGUCACUUAUAUAUGAUGAUGCCGAAAAAUAUUGUCAUUUAUGUUUCAUGCAACCAAAAUAUAUGCUUUAUCAUUGUUAUAUUUGUAAUUUUAUUGUGUGCCUUGGCUGUACCAAACUUCCACCACCUGUUGUUGUUGAUCAUACCAAGACUCACAAGCAUCCACUUAGGCUCUUAUCAAGCAAAGUUGCGUUUACUUGCAAGCUUUGUGGAGUUGAAGGAUGUGAAAGUGGGCCUUAUAUAUGUAUCGAGUGUAGUUUUCUUGUGCAUGGAUGUUGUGUCGACUUACCCCAAGUCAUAAACAUCAAUCGUCAUGAUCAUCCCAUCUCUUUCAGCCAUCCUCUAGGCCAUGGGCGUGCAAAAUGUGGAGUAUGUCGGCAACGUGUAAGGCCUUACUACGGAGCUUAUUCUUGCCCGAUUUGCCCUAAUUAUGUAGUUCACUCACGAUGCGCAAUUGAUUUAACUGUAUGGAAUGGUGUGAAACUGGAAGGGAUACCUGAUAACAACGAAGAUAUUGCGCCAUUUAAGGUGGUGGGUGACAAUUUGAUACGUCAUUUCCUUCACGAGAACCAUAAUUUACUGUUCUUGAAGGACUAUGUCAUGGUUCGUGAUUAUUACGAGUGGUUACGAUGUGAAGCAUGCAUCUAUCCUUUAGGGUUUGGCCCAAUCUACGCUUGUCAGGAAUGUGUGUGUGUUAUCCAUGAAAAGUGUGCUAAUCUUCCUAUGAAGAAAAAGCUUGUCUUUGACCCCACACCAUACAAGUUGGAAUAUGGUGGAUCGGCAUAUUGUAAAUUGUGUGGUAUAUUCUCUGGUGGUUUUAAGUAUAGAUCGCAAGGAUAUAUGACGAUAUAUCGCAGUGUAGAUGUACAUUGUGGUUCCAUUUCUGAGCCAUUUGUUCAUGAUGGACAUCUGCAUCCCUUGUAUUUUGGUAAAACAGAAAAUCAUCAUUGCGACGCUUGUAAGAGAGUUCUAAAAGACAACAUGCUCACUUGUGGUGCUUGUAACUUUGACUUGUGUUUGUAUUGUGCUACUUUGCCAGAAAAGAUAUGGCAUAUGAGCGAUGAGCACCCUCUCACUUUAUAUUAUGGUGAAAAGGCCGAUGGCACAAACUGGUGCGAAAUUUGUGAGAUGGAGCUAGAUCCAAGUAUAUGGUUCUUUACAUGCUCUGAUUGUGGAGUCACUUUGCAUGUUCAAUGUGUACUAGGAGAUUUCUCACGUUUCAAGCCAAGCGAAAGCAUUACCAUUAUGGGGGACAAAUGCAAGGCGGUCCUUAACAAUCACAGCAGUCGGCCAUUUUGCAGACAUUGCCACGAACGAUGCAAGGUCUCCAUCAUCAUAAAAGCGGAUGGUGAACAAAAGAAUGGCUACAUCUGCUCCACUUCAUGUUUACUGAGUUUUUUCGGUAUUACACAAUAAAAUUCCUUUGUUUAAAAGAGGCUUGUUAUAAUCAA